AUGGAUCUCGCCCAGAAGCACGGACACCUCAAGAAUGAGCCCCGACACCCCUUAGAGUCGCAGCAGCCCCACGUGGAUUCUCAAAGUGAGGUCAACAACCUCUUAGGCAGCUUCGGCCAUCCCCAGAACGACCACCCCGAUCGGAGAUCUAGUGGCGCCGGCAACAUGGGAAACCUCGUGCAACAGGCGCGAGAGAUGACUGGGCGCAACUCCGGCGAGCUAUCUGAUAAAAAGAACUCGCAAUCUGAUGCGUUUACCGAAGGGAUUAGGGAGCAGCGAUAG